GUUUUGCUGAUCUUCAACCAAGGCAGCCUGAUACAAACACUAAGAAUUCUGCAAGAUGAUCAUCAUUUCAAUGAAACUUCUUUUAACAGUGUGUUUUGGAAGCUUAGCUGCAGGUCUCAAUAAUUUAAAAGUCAUCCAAACACCAAAAAAUAUAAAUCUAUCAGUUGGAGACUAUGCUGAAAUCUCCUGUAUUUGGGAAAAAGCUAUUGAGAGGUAUAGAGCAAGCUGGUAUUUUGUUAAUGAAGUGAACAUCACUAAAAACAUAUCGUCACAACUUCUCUAUUCAUCCAACAUCACCCAUGAAAACAAGGAUGUGUUAGUCAUCAAAUCUGCCAAUGUAAAUGACACUGGAUUUUACUACUGUGAGAUAAUUAUUGAAAUACCUUUCUUUAAGAAACUACUUGGAAAUGGGACAACAGUGAUUGUUGAAGAGAAAGAUACAAUGGCAGAAGCUCACUUACUGGAAAGAUGUUUGGAAACAUGGGCCAUCCUUGCCUUUUCAGGGGCAGUGGGAAGCUUGUAUCUUUGCUACAGAAAGAAACAGCGCUCCACCCCAUCUGGUGCUGCACAGCUUCCUGUGCUGACAGGACAGCAGCAGCAGGAGCAGAUGCUGGAGAUGGAAGAGCUUCACAGGAGAAAUGAAUCCACCCAGGAAACAGCUGAGGAAAACUCAUCAUGUAACUCUAUUGAAUGGGCUGUGUCUACGAUUUAUGAAUCACCAGAAUUUUUUUGCAAUGAAUCAAGAGGAAAAGAUGACAAACCUACUGUGACUAUUGUAUCAAAUGGAGCAGAUGAGCAAAUCUCACAAACUAGGGCAGCUGAAAAGUCUAGAAUGAGACAAGGAUCUGCCAUCUACUCUUACAUUCAGAACUAAACAAAAGAUGACUAAAUAACUAUGAAACUGAAAAAUAUGAUAAUUUGCUGCUGCAAGAUGGAUUACGUGUUUCCUGUCAAAAGCUUGUCAGUGGGAAAAUAUAAAAGAAAAACAGUUAUUUCUAAGCAGUUUUUGAAUGUUUUGUCACUAACAAAAUAUUCUAAGGAGUCUCUGAAUUUGGAGGAUAUGUCAUUUAGAAGAUUGUCUUCAGCUCUUCCUCUGCUGUCCAGAAAUACUGUGUUACCAUACUUUGAAAAAACUUCUGGACGGAACAUUCUCCACCAAAGCAUUUCUUCAGGAAGCCCAUGUGUGAAUAGGAGAUGGGACAGAAAAAAAUGCAUGGAGUCUGAGCUCUGAAACUGUCAUCAGUGCUGCCCACAUUACAGACAGAGAUAUGCCAGAAAGGAUUAUAUUCCUGUGGAAAGGGACUGUUAGUGUUAAUUCAUUCAUAAGCUAGGAAAAGUCUUCCAGAGAAAGAUGUCUCUCACACACAUGAAAUACUAGGUUUAAAUGAAGAUAUAUAUAUAUAGAGAGAGAGAGAGAGAGAUUAUGUAUUAUUGUCUAACUGGUUGAGGAGGGCUGAUUGGAGGAGAUAGGGGUGGUAAUGCUUGUUCCACUUUUGUCAGCUUUAAAACUUUUUAAAAUAUUACGAAAUUAAAACCAAACUUGAAAAAAGUAAGGAGAACCUGGCUUCCAAGGCUUCCAAGGUCAGAAUAGAGGUGAAUAAUUUUGACAGCAAAGCUAAUUAAUGGCAGUUGUGCAAGGGCUGCUGAAUGCUGAGUGGAUAUCUGAAAUGUGAAUGUUUAUGUAUCAGGGUUAUGUCAUCUUCUGAAAAUGUUUUUUUCAGAGCUUUGCUGGAGGUUAGAACAUCUUGCCAUCAGUGCAGGUAGAAACAACUUCACUGCUUGAGAUUUUUGUCCUUGUACCUGGGCAGUGCAAGAGACACAAACCAGCUUUCCCAGAGCCCUUAAAAACUGUUAGUUAAGUCCAAAUUGACUGACUUGCUGCUAAACACUGUUAAUGAAAUCUUUGUGGCCAUACAGCCUGGCUCAUGGUGUGGUCUGUCCAUGCAGUUCACAAAGCUGUCUCUCAAAUUACUGUGACUCAGCUGGGUCUCACUCUGUGGAUCCUCCUUCCUGGGUUGUUCUGUAACCUGCUCUGAAUUCCCUACUGCAAUAAAUGCUGCUGUCUGAACCAGACUGUAAUCUAUGUUCUGUGAUUGUG